GCGAAAGGUUGAACUCAGGCGACGUGGAGGUUGGGAUAGCUCCUAUAGGUGAGUGUUCAGUUUCUAACUCUUCGCUAUGCCAAAGGAUGUGUUUUAGCAUAUGGAACCCAUCAGCUUUUGAAGAAUGAAGUCAUGAGCUCUCGCUGGAGCACUCUACCCGUCAGCCACGAUGGAAGAAUCUCAAACUCUGGUUCUUCCCAAAGGGAGUCCACCGUGGCCAUGCCCUGAUGCCAACACCAACAGAAGUCGGGAUUCCUCGGGCAGAUGAAGAGAGGAGCUCGGAGGAGCUUGUCACGGUGAGCGGCUUCACAUUGAUCAAUGAGAUGUCCAGGAUGGAAGUGAUAGAUCCCGAACUCUUGCGGGCCACGUGUCCUUCCACUGCCUUGCAGAGCCAAGUCUUGCAGAAAGACUUUGCUGGAGAUCUCCAUGAUCGGAGCUUCCAAACGUCCAGGAUCGAUUGCUUUUGGAGCCAUUCUUGGCAUGCAACACCAUGGCGGAAAGUGUUGGUGCUGACGAUCAUUUACAAUGGCCUUGCUGCCAUAGUGGCUGGUCAUCUCGGGGCAUUGGUGGGGACGAGCCUUUUCUACUUUCAGCUUUUGCCCAGCUACCCCCGGAGAUUUCCCUUGGAGGGCGCCACUUAUGACUUUGGUCCCUGGGGUUUGAUCUUCGGAAUUUCUUUGGCGCUUGGGACGCUCUUGCUGUGGCGGCCGGCGAGAUCUCGCAUUUUCCUCGAUCGGAUUUGCAUCCAUCAGACAGACCUCGAGCGCAAGGCAGCAGGAAUCUGCAGCAUUGGUGGCAUUCUCAAACAUUCCGACACCAUGCUGGUGCUUUGGGAUCCCACUUACCCAACGAGACUCUGGGCCAUCUUUGAGCUCGCAGCCUUUAUGAAGAGCCAUGGAGUCGAUGCCCUUGAUGAGGUGGAGCACCGCAGGUUCCGCAGGUCCCUGGUGAUCCGACCUACGUUCUUGGGUCCGGCAGCCAUGCUGGGUGUGGUGCUGCUCUUGUUCGUGCAGAUUUGUACGGUCUUGGCGACCUUUGAAGACCACCGCAUCAAUCUGGCCAUCAUGACAUUGAACGUGAUGUCUGCAGCGCUGGGAAGUCAUUCGCUCCGCGCAUAUUUCCAUUGGGUGGACUCUUGCUGCCGGCAGCUCACUCAGUUUGCCGUGGCCAAGGCUGAGACCAACUGCUGCAGAGUGAAUCAUGUGGAGUCUGGGAAGCGCAUCGCAUGUGAUCGGGAAACGAUUCUGGAAUGUGUACGCGCAUGGUUUGGUUCCGAGGAAGCCUUCGAAAGCAUGGUGCGGCAUCAAGUCUCCUCAACCUUGAUGGGAUUAGGACAGGGUGCAUUGCCAGUCUCCUGGUUCAUGGGCAUGAACUCCUGCGCACUCUGGAUAUUCUUUGAUUUGAUUGUUGCACGCUUGCGAGCAGCAGAAUACUUCUAUUCACUGGCGGCCCUGAUCAACAUGCUGGCCACAGUCUUUGCCUUCGCUCCCCUCGUUUACCUCCUUUGCCUCUUUGCGGCUUACAAGCUUCGACGUCCCCAGCAGCACCGAUGCUCGAAUCUCACGGUGUCCUUCCUCGGGGCGAUCGGGGUGGUGGUGAUCUUCAUCCUCUACACACAGCUGGGAGCGAUCUUCACCCCAGCAGUUCCUCAUGCAGUGCUGCGGAGCCUUCUACUGGCGCUGGCAACGGCGCUUGCAAGCAUGUUGGCUUGCAGGAUGUGGAUGGCAACUUCCACUUAAAGGAUCCUAAAGAGAGGUUCCUCGCUCAAGGCUCCAAAUCUUGGUGGCUUUGUGUGCAAGCACUCAGCGCGUGACUUGUUUCACUUGAGAGACUCGAGAGUCCUCCAAAAAGUUUUGGCAAGGAAUGGGGGCGGUGGCGGGGCCCACAGUCGCGCUCCAGGUGUACAGGUGCUUCAAUAGCUG